AUGCUGAAAAUAUUCCGAUCGGCGGUACUUUGUUUAUUGUUGGUGUUGGGGACAACUGUGCCGAGUGGGACAUGCUGGACUUUUGUGGAGGAUGCCUUCACCAUCCAGCACUCUGUCACAGGAAACUGUUUAUCCGUUCAGAACUCAAAAAGUUUAGGCCUCUCGGCGUGCAGCCCUAACAGCACUACCCAGUUGUGGAAGUGGGGCUCGGGUCACCGCCUCUUCCACGUGGCGACCACUCUGUGCUUGGCGGUUGACGUUCAACCCAAGACUUUAACCCUGGUAGACUGUGACUCCGACCGGCCCAUAUGGUGGCGCUGCACGGACGACGCAGUGUUCACCGUCUACCAAAUGAGCCUGGUGGUCAAUGACGGUCGGUUAGGAGUUAAGCGAGACACCCGUGACGAUUGGAUGAGAGGGGGCUCUCAGGAAAACAUCUGCCAGAAGUCGUAUCGUGUGAUUCACACCACCAACGGGAACUCUGCCGGGGCUCCCUGCGAGUUCCCCUUCAAGUACAACGGAAGCUGGCAUCACGGGUGCAUCCCAGAUUCGGACCUGCCGGGACUCUCCUGGUGCUCCACUACCUCCGACUAUGAUCGCGACAGAAAGGACGGGAACUGCUUGAAACCUGAGAUGGGUUGCCAGACUCUGUUCAGCGGGCCGGAGGGGAACUCCUGCUAUGAGUUUGUUCCCAACGCCGCAGUUACCUGGCAACAAGCGCUGGAUUCCUGUCGGAGCCAAGGAGCGGACUUGUUGAGCGUGUCCUGCCCGGAUGAUCUCCACUCCUCGACGAUUUUAGACGGCCUCAACAUGAUGCCUGAGAGAAUGUGGAUAGGCCUCCAUCAGUUAGACACGUCGCAAGGCUGGCAGUGGUCGGAUGGCUCUCCGUUGUCAUACCUGCGCUGGGAAGCAGGAAUGCCGCCCGUCUCUCAAAUCAUUGAGUCAGACUGUGGAGUUCUGAACUCCAAGCACAAUUACGAAGCGGAAGCAUGUAGCAAACAACUUCCAUACAUCUGCAAGAAGAUCAUCAAUGCUACUCAGUCAACACCAGCGGAGUCACUCUUGUAUAAAGACACAACGUGUGCUUCCGGUUGGGUCCCGUGGAAUGGCUGGUGUUACAAGUUAGUGACAGACAACCCUUUAAACUUCACUGAAGCACAGAAGUUCUGCAACCAGACUGUCGGAGGAAGCUUUCUGGCAAGUCUUCACUCCGUUGACAGCAAAGAGAUGAUCAGCACGAGUUUUCCCGCAGAUAACGUGUGGAUCGGUCUGGUCGGAGAGGGCGUGAAUCACACUGUUUUCAAGUGGUUGGACGGGACGCCAAUCACGUUCACGUUCUGGGGCCCAACUGAGCCGGCGCAGUCUUUGCAGGAUACCAGCUGUGUUUUCUACUCAUCGUCUCACAGUUGGAGUGUCAGCAACUGUUCCGAGCCACGAGCAUUCAUGUGUCAAACCAAAGGAGAGGUCAGCGAAUCAUCGGGGGUUGCCGGCUGUCGCUUUGAGGACGGCUGGAGGAGACAUGGUAACUCCUGUUACAGAGUGAACACCACAAAAGUGUCCUUCAAAGAUCGCUGUGACAUCACUAUCAGAAACCGAUUUGAGCAAGCCUUCAUCAGCCGUUUGCUAGGAGAUUACAUUGGUACCACACCUCAGUAUUUCUGGAUUGGACUACAGGAUGUUAAGAACACAGGGGAGUAUAAGUGGCACAGCCUGGAUGAUUCCCAAAGUGAACUUAUGUACACCAAUUGGGGUGCCUCUGAACCAGAACUGGAUGGUGGCUGUGCUGUGAUGACGACCGCAAACCACCUGGGCAAGUGGGAGGCGAAAAACUGUACCAACUUUAAGGCCGGCACCGUUUGUAGGACAGACCUCAGUCCUGUUAAACCAGUCGUGCCAGAGCCAGAUACCACCUCGCCGUGCCCGAAAGGAUGGAUAUCAGUACCAAAUGGAAAAUACUGCUUUAAGGUAUUUCACGAGGAAAGGCUGAGUCGCAAACGGUCUUGGGAGGAAGCGGAAAGGUUUUGUCAGGCCCUUGGAGCCAACCUGCCUAGCUUCACCAAUAUGGAUGAGAUGAGAGCACUGCACGAGAUCAUGAGAGACACCAUCAGUGACGACCGCUACUUUUGGGUCGGCCUGAACAGAAGAAACCCAGCCGACCGUUCUUGGAGAUGGAGCGACGGUCGUCCAGUCUCUAUGGAUGUUUUACAUCACGACUUCCAUGAGGAUGAUGCGUACAGUCGGGACUGCACUGCAUUUAAGACGAUAAAGAGAACCAUGAAGCACAUCUACAUGUUUUUACUCCACGACAUGCUUCCUGCGUCUUUUUUUGCUUCGCCAUUUCACUGCGAUGCCAGACUGGAAUGGGUUUGCCAAAUUCCUCGUGGAAAGACUCCAAAGAAUCCAGAUUGGUACAAUCCAGGUACACACCACGAGACAUCCAUCUUCAUCGACGGUGGCGAGUAUUGGUUUGUGAACGAGCCUCGGCUGACUUUUGAGGAAGCCAUCCUGUUUUGCACCACGAACGGCAGCAAAUUGGCGUCACCUUCGAGCCCUACUGCCGCAAGACUGAUCCACCAGAACUUGGCAAAGAUGUCAAGUUCUCCCAGGCAAGGCUGGUGGGUCAAUCUGAGAGAUCCCAGGCGGUUGUUUCCCAUAACGCAUCCACGUCUGCAAUACUACUAUCCAGCUCUCUUUGGCAGAUGCACCUCCGUCAAUCCUCAGAGCUCCUAUCCAAAGUAUGAGCACAGUUGCAGGGAGCGAUUGUCCUUUGUGUGCGAAAGGCUUAACGUCACAUCUGUGGAGAACAAUCCAUUGGAUCCUCAUCCUGGAGGGCUGCCAUGUGGAAAUAACUCAUUAGCCUUCAGAAAUAAGUGCUACACACUGCUGCAGAAGGUGAAGCCAGAGUCCUUCAAAACUGCCAAUGAGGCUUGUCUGUCAGUCAGGGGAACUCUGGUCACAAUAGCUGACCAAGUAGAACAAGACUUCAUCACCAGCCUAUUGCCGGAUAUUAAGGACAUGACAACCAUAUGGAUUGGUCUGAAACAUAAAAGCUACAAACUGGAGUGGCUGGACAAGUCGCCAGUCAAUUACGUCAAUUUCAAUCCGUUGCUGGUUGGAAUGCACAAAGCCAUAAACGUCAACACAUUUGACCCUGACAACAUGGAUCUGUGUGUAUUUUUAAUUAACAACCCUAACCCGGGCCUGAUGGGUACCUGGGACUACACUUCCUGUACCCAGUAUCAACAUGGUGCACUUUGCCAACACUAUGCAGAUCAAAUGGAGGAGCCCUCCAUCCCCUUGGAGCCCUUCCAGGUCAACAACCACACAUUCCAGCUGCUGGUCCAGAAUCUGACCUGGUUCGAAGCCUUGGAGCAGUGCAUGAAACUUGACAUGGACCUGGCCAGCAUCGCCGACACCCUCCUGCAGUCUACGCUCAGCGUGCAUGUGAGCCGUGCACGGAAGCCCAUGUGGAUCGGUUUCUUUAGUGAUGAUGACGGGAUCCACUACCGCUGGACGGACCACAGUCACACAGUCUUCAGUCGCUGGUCCUCUGACGUCACCGCCGGCUCGUGCGUUUACCUCGACACGGACGGCUUCUGGAAAGCCACCGAGUGUGAGCAGGGCCUCGGCGGCGCCAUCUGCCACAAACCGCACAGAGAAAUCAUAACCACACCGGAGGACGUGGCAGUCAAAUGCCCUCACAAAAUAAACGGUCCUAACUGGAUCCCGUUCAAGAACAACUGCUAUACCUUCCAGCUGGCCGCGACCAGAUGGGAACAGGUGGACAAAGGCCCCGUCCGCAGAACCUGCAGCAACUUCCACGAAGGCGCCGAGGUCUUAACCAUCCGGAACGCGGAGGAGAACGAGUUCAUCCGGCAGCAACUUGUGCCGUUUCAGAAUUUGGUUCAAUUUGUGUGGCUGGGGCUUUUCAAGAACAACACUGUCGGUAAUCAGUGGAAGUGGUACGACGGCACCAAUGUCCAGUUUUCUAACUGGAGAAACGGUAGACCGGAGGUCAACAGUGACUACAUGGCGGGUGUCAACCUCCAAGGCAAAUGGGGUCUGGUCACCAACCCGUUAUUGUUCUCAGAGUUCAAGCAAAGAGCCAUCGUGGCCUGCAAAAUUGAUAAUGAUCUGAAAAAGGAGUUCUUGAAAUCAACGAAAGAUUUUGAGCGCUUUCGGAAUUUGACCUACGAGGUGGUGACGCGCCGCCAGAUGAGUUGGUACCAGGCUCUGGAAGAAUGCGAUAGGCGUGGAGGCCACCUUGCCAGCGUGCACGACGCCGAGCAGAACGCGCACGUCAAGCUGCUGGCCAAGACUGACGGAUUCCCACUUUGGAUCGGUCUGUCCAACCAAGAGGCGCAAGGUCUGUUCUACGAGUGGUCCGACGGGACCCGGUACCGGUUCAAAGCAGAUAUUUCGGAGUCCCUUGAGGGCUCCGGCUCGGAAGAGCGGGAGGCCAGCUGUAUUUAUGUGACGCCUUCAGGGGCUUGGGUGAGAAGCGCUUGCCGCUCGCUGCUAGAUGGCGCCAUCUGCUACACCGCCGACAUCAGCACCCCAUCCCAGAGAGCCAAACUCCAGACAAGUUCGAAGGUUGUCAACAACUGCCCUCGAAUUAAUGGCACAUCCAAGUGGGUCCAACAUCACGACUUCUGCUACGCCUUCGACAUGAGCUUCUACAACUACAGCGUCUACGACAUGCGGCAGGCCAAGAACAUCUGUCGCAGCUUGGACGCUGAAUUGCUGUCUGUCAAAAGCAAGGAGGAGAACGACUUUGUGUCAAAAUACGUGACUGACGACCCGCUGAUAACCAGUCGAGUGUGGCUCGCUGUUGAUCUUGAUGCCAAAGGUGCCCCCGCCAAAUGGGAGGACGGAUCCGGGUUGUCCUACUCCAACUGGAAGUCUGAUGCCGUGGUUAAACCCAAGGGGUCCCCGUGCGCUGUCAUGGUCGCUGAGGACGGGGGAUGGGAUCUCGUCGGCUGCGAGUCCAGCCUCAGUCGCGUCGUAUGCCAAACCCGAGCCGGUUCUUCCGGGUCCCCCGUGGCGGUGGGCUUCUUCGUGGUAAUUCUGCUAGCACUGGUGCUAGCUGUGGCCUUCAUCGUGUACAGGAAGAAGCAAGGUCACUUUACCUCCACGGUGCGCUAUAAGAGGACCACCGACCAGGCGGACACCACCAGUAUUCUCACAGAAGCCGAUUGA